UUUGACAAAUAAAGUUUUGAUAAGAAGCAAUGUGCGAAUUUUUAAUCUUUAACACCCGAAAAAGGUACGAAAAGCAGAAAAAUUUUGGCAACUUUUCGGCAACUUUUUGGAAAAAAUAGCAACUUUUUUGGGAUUCAUCGGCAACUUGUGGCUAAGCCUAGCGAAAUAGUCACUGUUUUCUUGGUGUAUCAUUACGAUACCGAAAACUGUCGCUUAUAAGUCCACCCAGUUAUAACCCCCCCUCCCCCCUGCGAUAUAAGCUCCCCUCUAGCUAUUAGUAAAAUAAAUUCAGUAUUAUGACGUUUUCAAGCUUAACGUAAAAACAGUAAAUGCAAAACUGCUAUAGCUUGUCUCGAAGCGCUUUUUCUAUUUCUGGCUAUAAGCCCCUCCUUUUAGAAGCCCUCCUAAAACCCCCUAGGGAACUGUAUAAGCCCCUCCUGUUAGAAGCCCUCCUAAAAACCCUUAGGGAGAUGUAUAAGCCCCUCCUUUUAGAAGUCCUCCUAAACCCCUUAGGGAGAUAUAUAAGCCCCUUGGAUAUAACACCCUCCUUUAGAAGCCCUCCUAAAACCCCUUAGGGAAAUGUAUAAGCCCCUCCGUUUAUGAACCUUCCUACGACGCCUUACGAAGAUCUAUGAGCCGAGGGUUUAUAAGCGGUAGCUAUACGGUACUUGGUCAUUUCCUGUCUUACGUCAUCUUUUAAUACACUUUCUUUCAGGCGACCUUGUCUGGUGUUCACCCUUCCCCCAGUCCCCAACCGAGUCCAGCUGGCAGCCCACAAGCGAGACGAAAACUGGCACACACGGUUUCACUGCCGAUUCGAUCCUUUGAUCACUACCUACACAUAAACCUACCAAACAAGCAUACAGAGGAAAGUCAAACACCACCAGCGGUAGGGUAGCAUGUCUGAUAACAGAACUCCUGUAAAUCGAUCUUUUUUAUUGAUCGCGUUUUCCUUUGAAUACGAAACAAAUUAAUAGGCCAACCUUUGUAUCCUGCUAUUCAAUUUCAGCGCCGAAUUAGGAGAAAGUCAAUUGAUGAUGACGAAAUUUACGUCAAGAAGCACCACCAAACUUCAGUAUCGCUGGUGAGUCAGACUUAACAAGUGCGACAAGAUUACGAAAGAAAUCAGAUAAAAUGCAAUUUAUUUGAGUGUCGAUGAAUUUGAAAGGAAGUAGUAAUUGAGGACACUGUUUUUACGUCUCCUACUGGGAACGGGACCUUCAUUUUACGUGGUCAUCCGAGCCACGCAAAGUUCUAAACAGAUUACAGAUUUGCCUUCGGUUGGAAUGUACUCUUUGCCCUUUGAGGAAGACAUAAACCCUUAUCAGCGAUAUGCAAAUAUUUCUACCUUACACCUAAUAAAAUUUAUUUUGCCUGCAGCAAAAUUCUUCACAGCACAAUCAUUUUCUUCUAAUUGAUGCUAUUUUUAUUUGUUUUGCUAUACAGUGAAACCUUUAUUAAGCGGACACCCUCUAUUAAGCGGACAGUAGCCGAAGUCCCCAAAUUUAUUUCCCUUAUUUACUUUAAAUGAAACCUUUAUUAAGCGGACGCGGACACCUAAAAAAUACUUGAAAUGGUCAUUUCUAUUGUUGCCAAGCUGUAUUCGGACACUCGAAAUUAAACUCCACUACCCAACACGCCAGACACCAGAAAUGCGGAAGAUUGCCUCGAAUUAUCACCUACAAAUUUUUCGAUUUUUACAUUAAAAAACGUGACUUGACGAACUUCUUUGAUUAGUUUCACAGUACAGGAUUGUUUUCUAUUUCGUUUUGUUUGGAUACAGCUUGUUUCACUCAUCUGAUUUCUUCAAAUUUGAGUUGCAACCAUGUUCAUGGUGCUAUGAUCAAUUGGCUCACUUUGAUAACGGAAAUUAAAGCAAACGUCUAUCGUCAUAGCCUCUGGGAGUAUUCUUAACAUUUCCACUGUUCAUUUGAAUGGCAUUUGGCACCUCAUAUAACGUUAUCUAUUUAAACCUGUAUUAGGGGGACACCAUGUAUUAAGCGGACACUACAGCAUUCCCCGAGGGUGUCUGCUUAAUACAGGUUUCACUGUAAUUUUUAUAUUGGUGCCAAAAAGGCCUUCUUUUGGAAGUUCUUUGAUAAAGUGUGUGCAUGUGUGAUGCUCUAGACUCUCUGGUUUCUAUGCUCCAUAAACUUACACUAACACCCAAACAGUAAAAUUUAUUUUAACCGUCACGUUUUAAUCAACCUCAUUUGUUCCUAGAAAUUUGAAGGUGAUAUCGAACGAGAGAACGCAGAGAGUCUUGCCGCGGACAUCGCAGAAUUCUUGAACAGCCGUCGAAAAAGAUCCAGAGCAGGAACAAUGCCGGUAAUUGUCUUCAAAAGUAAACAUCCUUUCGCUUAAUGAGAGUGAAUGUCAAGAUAAUACAGCUCAAAUAUACGGCUCAAACCAACUGUGGAAAGGGGCAGACCAUUAGAAAAGUUAUAGCUAAGGGAAGGGUGCAAAAUUUUCGAGCUCCAUGAAUUUUUCGCUCUAACAUUUCCCUUGUAUGAAUGAUUUUUACGCCAGCGCAUGACUAUUUUUUAGGCGUCCAUGAUUUUUUUCAUUUCAUUUUCCCUUGCACGAAUAUAGUCUCCCCCCCUUGCAGAUUAGUUUUCUAAUGGUUCGUACCUAACUGUCGUUGUUGUUGUUUUUUUUCGUUCUUCUUCUUUUUUUCAGAGCCCUCGGGAGAUCGAAGAACAUACCGAUGCAGAAAAUGUAUUAACAGAGAAAGAAAAGUAAGUCGUCUUCCACCUUUGCAUUCAUCAGUUCCUUAGCUGUUUGUGAGGGUCUACAUUUGAUUUAUUUUUCCAUAAGGAUAAAAAGCAGUUACCAAACAAACCGUGCAAAAUUUACAAAGUUGCCCCAUGGUCUGAAUUGUUCAAAUUUGAAAAUUUAUGGUGCGAUAAAAAUGUCGUCAAGCUAGGAUAAGCCGUGGACAGGAGAUCUGCUCCGGAAAGGGAAUAAACUCGACGGAUUAAUCAGGGGUGAACAGUAAGCUAACAAUCAUAACAACAAGGAACGAACCCCUUAGCGAAAGUACAGUCAAGUGUGGAGUUUUGUCGAGAAAGCCAGGAGAUUUAGCAGCGAAAAAAUUGUCAGACCUUUUGAGGUCCUAACUUUUUGCAAGCCUGCAAAUUAUCGCAAAACUUUAAAUGGCGGACGGUCCGAGGCAGCUCACUUCCAUCUCAAGCAAUUUCCUUAACAGUAACUUAAAGUCAUUAAAACAUGCUUAAAAAUUUCAUUGCUUUGUUUCUGUUUAGUCAAGCCCGUUUGGGGCAUACUCGCUCACUGGGCGCAAGACGAGGGUCCGCUGUAGUGUCCAUGCCUGGGGACCAUUAUCAAAUGGACCUACAUGUGCUCGAGAGAGAUCCAACAGGUAUAAGAAUACUUGCGGUUUUCUCUUAUUAUUAUUAUUAUUAUUAUUAUUACUAUUUUCUUGCUUCUCUAAUCUUCAAUAUUAUGGUAAAAAUUCUUUUUUUCUUUUUCCCAUACUUUUACCAUGGUGGUAGGGAGAAGAAGCUUUUUUAAAUUUCACUGAACCGAAGAAUUGACAUAAAUUCAGAUCAUAACUGCACCUCAAUCACAGUCAUUCGAAAUUACUGUUGAGACUCCACCACUCUCGAUCUGUAGACAAGUUGAAGGUAUCAUAUUUCAUGCAAUACAUGCCAUCUCUCUGACAUCAGCGGCUUUGUUGGUCCCAGAUAUAUAAAACUGCAUGAAAAUCAAUCCCUGCCUCUAUAAUGCAGACCCCUUUGUGAUGCGGCUAUUUCUUUCGUUCAUAUUUUGUUGCGUUCGUAACAAGAGAGAACCAAUCACUCUUAGACCGAGUUAUUGUGAGACUGAUUGGUCAUUCCGACGUUUGAAUCGGUGGAGCAAAUUACCUUACAGUAAUACCAUUCAAUUUCAAUCUCUUUGAAAGAACCUUUACACAGUAUUAUUUAUAUUUUAGAAUUUCACAAAAAGAGAUUUUUAAUUUGUUGUAAAUUAGCACUUUGACCAUUGUCAAGAGACAAAGGGUAGGGGAGGUUGGAUUGUAGCUUUAUGGUUCAGUAUUGUUCAUGUAAAAUCCGAAUACCCUUCAACAUGACUAUGAUAAUCACGAUGACGAUUCUCCAAAGCUGUGUUUUAUACCAACACAGUUUAUUUUAUUCUUCUUUGUGAUCCCAGUGUAAAUAAACUAGGAGGGUAUAAAAACAGUCGGUAAGCGGAUUAUUUCGUGAGCGACUGAAGUACCCCUUUUCCAUGUUUUCUUGUCAUGUGUUUCAGCUGCGGCUUUCUGUAUUGAUCUCACGGAAGGUCUCGAAGAUUCUGUCUUCAACUUGAUAAAUAUUCUAGCAAAUCUCGGAUAGAAGCCGUUCAGCUGUUAGGAUUUUUCUCACGCACGUGCAUUUUUCUUUGUCUUUUUUUUGCCUUUUUUUUUUGGCGCUUUACUUUUUAAAUAUAUUUACCUAACAAAAACCUAUUCAAAAACAACCCGUCUUUGCGACGGAAAUCGACAGACGUUUCAAUGCAACAGAAAUAUACACCCUUUUUUACAGUACCAGAGUCUUGAGAGCGGUAGAGGUUGAGAUUGAGCGAGAUUUUUUGAGAACGUACCCAAGCUGAGACUAAGAGCUUAGGUAUACAGUUUUUUCUUAUCCAAAACGGGUAUACCGUGAGAUAUCUCUAACCUAGAGUGAAAUUUAAUGCUGAAGGACAUUUUGAAGAAUUGUGGUGAUUUUGGCUAAAUAGUUUUUUCUGGUAUCAUAACAGGGAUUCUCUCUCUCUCCCUUCCUCCCCCCCACCCACGUCCCUUCCUUGGUAGACCUUGAAAAAUAGUAGGUAAUGUAUAAAAUAUCUUUACACACACAACUCAAGCAGAAUAUGCCGCAUAUUUACUUGGUUCCGCCUUUUGCCGAAAAAAUAGCUAGGAUUUUUAAUGAUUUGAAACUGAAAAAUAGAGGUACGUGAUACUGUCGGAUUCCGUGAGAUCUCGAGGGCCAAUCGAUUAAGGUUCCUUCGCCGGAUAUCCGCUCUGAAUAGUUUGUAUACAUCACGGAGGCUCAAAAACAUUCGGCGGUCGGAAGAACAUUUAAUCGUAGCGAAAAGUUUGCAAUGGUCGACAUCUACCGCACAACAAACCUUAACUACAUCAUAUUGUUCAUACGUGAUACGCUGAGUGAGUAGCUGAAGUAAUCUACUUUCUUUACUGUUUUUUUUUUAUUUAAUACACUAGCCAAGGAUAAUUGAUUUAAUUUAAUUUUGCUUUUUUUUCUUUGUAUUUUUCAAUAGAGGCAAAAACUUUAAGCGUUAUCCGCGAAAAGAAAGAGCUGUCUGGCUCUUCUACCUCACUCAACAGCAUAGGUAAGAAGCUGUGUCAAGGAAACGGGUACUAAACAUGCCCCGGUAGCUUGGGGUACUAUGAGCUGUAUAUUUCAAAAUCUAACGUUAAUAAAAGGGUCGUUUCUUCUAAGCAAUAUUUAACUGGCGGUUUUCUUGAUCUGCAUAUAUAUUUUCUUUUAUUUUACAGACCCCGAGAAAAGAUCGCGUUGGUCUAUACUGAGGAGAAAUAAAAAGAUGGUAUGGAACGAUUUCAUCUCUGUCGUGACCUAAUCAGAUUUACAUUGUACUUAAUUCCACUAUUUUGCAAACUGAAUUUCUUUUUUCUGUUCUAAGUUAUCGACAUUAAAGGACAAACCAAGGCAGGGUGAAGAUUUUAAGGAAAGCUUGGCCCGAAUGAAAGAGAAUCCAAGAACAAAUUCCGAGCACGAGUUGUCUAAGUUUAAGGUAAGCAACUCCGGCAACUUCCCGUGAAAGGUUCGAUAACCUUCUCAACCCCUUGAGGCAUCGAGUGUCCAUAAUGAUUAAAUUGUCAGGAGGAAGUCAUUUGUACGUGCAAGUAAUACCACUGAAAAGUACCGAAAGUGUUGCUGAAGAGGUUUCAGGUCGCAAAAUGGGAUUUCUUUUAAGCUUAGAAAUACAUAUAAGCAAAAUAGCACCAUUUAAAAUCCUAAGAAAUAUUUAAUAGUAUUAUUCAAAAGUUCUGCCCGAAUAGGUUUCAUUUGAAUUUUCACACAACGGGCUUUCAUCCACCGACUCAGAAGUUAGAACUGCAUACCGUAGCAUCAUGUGGAAGUACGGCUGAAGAGUUUUCAUUUGAAUGGUCAUACCAAAGGAUUUCGUGCACAGACUCGAAAGUUAGGGAGAUCUAGGAAUACAUACACAAGUACAGCUAAAGUGGUUUCGUGGGAUCGAAGACUAAUGAAUUAAAACAAGAGUUUUCAAUAUAGAACACGGGGGGUGAAUAAAACAAAAGAGAACAACGUCUAUUUUUAGCGCCAAUUUAAAAAGCUAUUUAAACUACUUUUACUUCAUCGAUAAAUAUUGCUUUCUGUAUUACGUGUAAAUGACACAGACCUUGAAAUUUGGCAGAAACUUGGCCCUUUCCAGAAAACACAAGAAAGGUUAACAAAGGAGGAAAUUGUUACAUGAGCUGUACACGAAUUUACAACUGGAUCUUGACCAGUUAACAUUACACGCAGGUCAAAAAUAAUUUGUUUACUAUCAUGUAAAACAGAUGAAAGCGAUGAUAAGAUAUCAUUGGGAAGUGUGAUUGAUUGAUGAUAUCUAAGGUGAAAUUGAUAACAAUAUCGAUGUUGAAAGACCGCUCAUGUAACAACAUGAUCACGACUUGAUUUUCCCCUGCCUUUACCUCUUCCUAGAUAGUUACACUCACGUAAUUCUGUCGCUGAUUUCAGUAUUAGAGACUUUAAUCGGUUUGACCAAAACGGAAAUAUAAUUACGUCGGACACCUUAAUAUUUAAAGAAGAACCUGGCUAAAACCGUGAAAAGAUUCAGUCUUUCAACCACUCAUGAUGUUCCUUGCCGAAACGAUAGCAGAAGAAGGAAAUUAACUCGCAGUGAUAUAAUGCUACUAUGUUAGAUUAUAGCAUAGUCUUUGAGUGAGAGUACAUUAUGUUUAUUCCGAUCUUUUACAGGAUAGUCACUGGACUCAACUCAUGGGCCAAAGUGUCGAAAAAAGUUCGAGGAGACCUCGGUCCGAUAGCGGCCCAGCGUUGUCAGAUCACGAGACCAAAAGACGCGAAGCAGUAUGGGAAUUGUUUCAUAGCGAGGUUGUCUAUCUGAUGAGCCAUUUGCUGGUCCUUAAAGAGGUGAGAAUUCGGAUUUUAACGACGAUUUAACAGAGAAGCAACCGCAAAAUAUCGGGAUAAGAUAACUAGAGGUUUCUAUUCUGGAAUUUCUUUAAUUCUUUAACGAAUUGUCAAAUAAUAAAAUCACUCUUUUGUUUUAGCUUAUAAUUCUUUAACGAAUUGUCAAAUAAUAAAAUCACUCUUUUGUUUUAGCUUAAAGAUAGACAUUUGAAAUAAGAGUCAGCAAUUGAGCAGCAUAGACUUAAAUUCUCCAGGCGUAUUCACAAACAUAACUACUUCAUUUCGCUCGUUGACACAAGUUUUUAUCUUAGAUAGGUGCUCCAACUAAACAGUUUUCCAUUCGGAUGUGGUUAAUAAAAUACAUUAUUCUACCUGCCUUUUGACCUCAGGUAUUCCUAGAACCUUUGAAAGAAAUUCAACAAAUGGGACAUUUGCAACACGUGGAUGUCAAUAAAAUCUUCUGCAAUCUCCAGGACUUGUGUGAGGUAACCAAGAUUAUGAAACUCGCUCUAACUAACAGGCCACUUCUAUGUUGCUGGUGAACCUUGGUCAGUAUUGUGUCGAAUGCAUUAUGGGAUUAUUUUGGGACACUACCGCCUCUCUGAUUGGCUAUUACGAGGUUGCACAGGAGAAUCGGUCAAAAAUUCGUCCUCCAAUCUGGCCCACAGUGCAAUUCGAUACGAGACUAACCUAGACUCACUCGCAACCUGAAAACAGAAAAAUGACAAACACUUUGAACUGGGUUAAUCGCUAAAAACGCUGAACUGGAUUCUUGGAUCCUUCAACUGACAUUUUCAGUCAUGUUCAGCUUAAUUUCCGCCUAGGAACAACGGAAAAAAAUCCCAGGACAUCAUUUAUUAAAAUCCCGAUCCAAUCUGUUUUUAACUUUACUUCUUUCAGCCCCUAGCUUCGUACACUGACUGCCACUACCUUUAGAGGUUUCUGCUCUGUAGACACCUGUCUUAAACGCCAUCCUACAUUUAAAAUUAACCUGUCGGAUAAAUCAAUCCCCUGGCUAUGUGAACAUUCCUGCAACACGAAGAAACAAAGUUCCUUCUAUUGAGAAUUACUUAUGUAUUUUUGCGGACGGUGUGAAGCUGAGGCCGCCAUUUUGAAAAAGGAACUUUUGUUUAUUACCUGUACAACUUAUUAUUUUCAAGGUUAGCACAAGAUUUGCCAAGAAUCUCCUAAGUGUUUUUCAAAGUGAGCAUCCCACACAGUUUGGCAGCACAGCAUCUGUUGUAUCAGCUUUUACGGAAGUAAGUAGUUUCUCUCUCUCUUUCGAAAGUAUUUUGGGUCAGUUCAGUUCCUUCACUGUAUAGUUGCUACAGUUGACUCCCGAUAACUCAAACCCUCGCUAACUCGAACCUCGCGCUAACUCAACCAAAUGGACUUCCCCUGGAUUUCCUUCAUGCGUUUACUGUAAUUUUAACCUCGGUAUACGCUCGAACCCUCGAUAACUAGAUCGAACCUCCCGCUAACUCGACGUAAUUUUUGUUUCCCUUCAGAUCAUUUUAUAUAAUUUUAUCCUCGAGAACUCGAACCAUGUUUUAAGCCCGUAACAAGUCGGAAAAAAAACCGUGUCAGGACUGAAUUCGAAGACAUUGAAUUUAUUUCAAAACAACCGUGUCAAUUCUUUUUCUUUACUAUUUUGGCACUCCAGUUCAAAUUCAGCGUCCAUCCCUGAAUACUUUGUUGCUUAAUUGCAUUCCCUCCCCAUCCAUUUGCUUAUUUCUUUAGAAAACAAAAGAAAACAAUGUAACAAGACCCUAAUUCUGCUUAGUAGUUACCAUAUGUUUCAAGGGUUAAGUAAAUAAAUUCAGUUUUUUAACUUUAAUACAAACGUUUAUUUCUUAUAUUUUAUCUCAUAGUUCAGCCGCAAAGUUCACCCUCAGUACCAGAGUUAUUGCCUAAAUUACUCCAAAGCUCUUAGUUAUUUGGACUCACUGAAAAAAGAGGAAGAUUUUCAAGAGUUUAUAAAGGUAACAAUUCUUGAUUUUUACAUUCUUAUAUUUGGUGUUUUUCUUUCUUGGAUCUCUGAUUAGAAGGAUUAAUAUCAGCCUAUUCUUCUUAUCGUGUCUUGCACUUGAACAACUAUCUCCACUUACGCCAAUGAUAGAAAACAAUCCUGUAUUGCGGAACUGUAGACUAUUCGAGUUUAGUGUUCCACUUUCUAGCGAUCUUCUGCCAGGAAACAGAAAUCGCUCUCUGCUUUUGAAAUAGUUUAAGUACCGGAAAGCUAUAAGACACGCCCACCAAGUCUAGAGUAUUCGAAGUCUUUUUUGGUACCUGGGUUUCGCAAUAAUAGAGGUUGAUUCACGGAAGAGCAUCAAUUGAGUCAAUUCAGACUGUCAAUCAAUCGGACAUUUCCAACUCAAAAGUCAAUUCAGAGGGCAUCAAUAGGUGUUUCUGAGGGAAGAAUAUGUAGAGGAUGGAUCAAUGAUUAUUGGUAGUAUUUCAUUUCCAGAAAGGAUUUGAAAAAAAAGAAAAAAAAAAGAGACGAGAAUAGAAAUGGCACGCAAGAAAUGUACGCGACUGUGAAUUUCGAAAGUGCUCGUGCGUAUUCAUGAUUGGUCAGUUAAGAAGAAUCGGAAACUCUUCGGAUGGUUUCAGAAAGUUUGCGUAAGCGACCUCUAUUAUGCAUACGAUAAUCUCAUCUAAGUGUUGUUAUUUUUGUCAUGUUUAUCUAGUGGUGUGAAUCGGACAGUAGGUGUAACAGACUUCAAAUCACUGAUCUCCUUGUGGCCCCUCUACAACAUCUGACAAAAUAUCCACUUCUCCUCAAGGUAAGACUAAUAUAAACAAUAGCACAACUCGUGCGAUGACAGUAUCAUUAAUAAUAGUAAUAAUAAUAAUAAUAAUAAUAAUAAUAAUGAUAAUAAUGACAAUAAUAAUGAUAAAGUGCGCAAAUCAGUAAAUCGCUGUUGAUUAAAAUUAAUAAUUAUAAUUACAAAUCAUUAAUGAAGAAAGGCACGCAAAAAGCUACAGUGGAACCUCGAUGUAACGAACCUCGAUAUAACGAAGUCCUCGGUAUUAACGAGCGAUUUUGUUUACCCCGGUAAUAGUAAAAUAUAUGGAAAAGAACGUCGAUAUAACAAAACCUUUCACAUGAACCUUUUGUUGGUUCACUGGGCUAAUUAAAAGAUUGCUGAGGACUGUUUUUCUCCUUGCAAUGUAAGAAUCUUGAACGGCUUCGAACUGAUGAAUAAUGCGCCUUAUUCGGAAGAUGAUCCGCCAUGUUGGUUUAUGCGGACGUUUGUGAACACAAUGAAUUUCGCGGGAAGAGACGUCUGAUUUAGGGGUUAGGGCUAACAUUGAUCAUAUUCCGCAAUAAGAAUAAGCAAAAAUUUUGUUAUAAAUCUCUUCUACCGUAAUUUGUAGACCAUUUAAACUUUAUAUAGAUCGGAAUUUUUUAUUGCAAGCAGUUUUGUAAAUAUUAGUUGCAAUACAAUGAAAGGCAAAACAACUGUUUCCUAGGGUUUAUUCUCACUUCGGUAUACGGUAAAUCGAACACGCUCUUAGUCUAACUCGUUGUACUAUAAUCGAUGGACGCUCUAGGUUAAUGGGCCCGACAACGUUUUGUGAUUUUGACGUAUAUUUACCUAUUUUGCAGAAUAUCAGAAAAAGAACCGCAGAAGCUGAUGAACAGCACAGUUCUUUGUCUUCCAUAAUAAAGGCCGUAGAGCUAUCGAUACGUAAGUAAAGACUUCUACUAUUGCAUUUGAUAUCACCUCGUGCCCCCCCCUCCCUUCCUGGAUGGGGGGUACUCAACAAAGUUUUUUAUACGGGGGCGCUACAACUUUCUCUGUGCCAACUAUUUUUUGUCAGGGCAAAUCUACAGAUUUACAACAUUUACAAUCGACACGUCGCCUCGGAAAAUUGCCUAACACUGACUUUGGUUUUUUUAAAAAAAAUAUACAUCGGUCAUGACUACAUGCUAACAGUAGGGGACAUCUUUUGUGUUACAGAGGAGUUGGAAGGAAAAGUCAAGUCUAGAGCAAACUACGAGAGAUUACAAGAACUUCAAAGCAGCUUAGUUUGGCCAUCCAUAACUGAAUUGGACCCCAAGACGUAUGUGCCUGAGGUAAGUAAUGUGUCUAUAGCAGCAAUAACCUUAUCUAGCUGAACAAAGUAGACAGGCUGACUUAAUGAAAUCAGUCAACUAAGAAACGUACAUUUCUUUGCAGUUUUUACGGGGUAUUUUAUCGAAGCAGCCGUGCGAAAGUCUCUUAGCUAGUCCUAAGAGACAGUUGCUUUACGAGGGACCACUCACGCUGAUUGGUAAGUGACCAGGGCUUUCAUUGUAUGACGUUAUUCCCGAAAGAUCUUAUCUACCAACGUAACCGGCGGGAAAUCUUCAUUCUCACGACCUGCUCCCGAUCCUAAAUUCAGUAUCACCACGUGUAAGGAAAUCCGGGAAAUUUUUGACUGUGGCAUCCGGAAUCCUGGGCUUUGGAAUCCAGAAUAAAGCUCAAGGAAUCCGGAAUCCACGUUCCUAGAGUCCAAGACUGGCUUGGAUUCCCUGACAGGGGGCGAUCAGUAGGUUAGAGCGUUGAAGAUCCAAAGCAAAGGUAGAAAGUUCAAACGUCGUCAGGGUCAAAAUAUUUUCUUUCUCUCCCCUGGUAUAAUGCUGCACUUCAGAAGAACUGGCAAGAGUUUGUUCCUUCUCAUUCGCGUAAAGAAAAGGUGCUAUGUUGCAAUUUUCCCCACAGAAAGAGAAUAACUUCGCUUUUUCACGGAAUAAUUAAGUGUCUGGGUUUUGAUUGACUCUGUUAAGAGUGUGGUAAAACUGAGUUCUCCUGUGAUGGCUUGAAUCUUUCAGAAAAUGCAAAGGUUGAUGUGUACGCGUUUCUAUUUGACGACAUGCUUUUGCUCACAAGAUUUAGAAAACUGCCACAGAAAGUCAAUAAGGUAAGCAAUAAUAGUUCUUGACACAUCUUUAUUUUGGUAAACAUCAAGCAAAGAUUAUUCCAUCUUUUGUUUAAUUAAGCUAUAAAAAGAAAAAGAAAUUAACUUCGGGCGACCACAGGAGCCCGCAAUCCUAAUCUCUAGGUUGUUAUAAGGCAUGCGCGGCACGUGUGUAGCCAGCAUUCGCUCGGACUUCCACUAAGAAUGAUUAGAAUGCAUAGCACUCAAUCUGAGCACGCGCGUUUGGACCUUUUAUCACGUGAAGCCUACGUAAACCAUAGCGUCGGAGCACGUGCGUUUCAACCUUCAGUUGAUCUCAUCAGCACUCGCUAACGUUUAGUUUCUAGUAGAAACCUAAAUAUAGAGUGUUUUCACAUGACGUCACGGCGGCCAUGUUGGUGUCCCAAACCAAUCCUGUGGAAGUUGAACUCUUUUCUUGUGCAAACGCUUUCUUUUGUUCCAAUAAAUUUGCAUACAUGCUGACCACGUAAGUGAAAACACUCUAUACACAUGUCGGUUUACAAAAAGCUUUAUGGGUUGGUAAUUUUGUUUACACUACGGUCCGGUUGCGAACCUAUACACAUUUUUUUUAAAUAUCAUACUCUUCUUUUUCUGUGCAGAAACUUAAUUUAACCGGAAUGGCAGUAGCGGAAAGCCCUCCAUCUACCCCACCUGUGGUCAGAAGAAGCAUGUCUGGAAUGCAAUACACAGUUUAUAAACAGGUAAAAAUUCAUCGGAGUUUGAUAAGGUUUUUAUUUGCGCAUUAUGACACGUUAUUAUACAUUGUACGUAAUUUAUACUGUCUUCUCAUUGGCUAAGAGCCUACAGUUAAUUUGGGAAAUCAGCGCAACCUACAGAUUAGCCAGUUAUCUGCGAGCAGAUUAGUGACUUAUCUGUAGGUUGCGCGCACAGUGCAUGAUUUCCAAGAGCAAUGUCAAAAUUGCGUUCCAUGCGAUGCUGUGUUUGUCCUUAUUUUCUUCAAAACCAUGUAUAAUAAAACAAUUAUUAGAUUUGUGUCUCGGUUCGGCUCAUAACACUUUCCUCGACCUUUAUUAUACCAGAUAUUAAAAAGAUAUCUCAUCCAAUAAUUUUUUUUACCAUAAUUUCUAAUACGGACACAUUUUUUCACUUUCAGCCUAUUCCUCUGGAUAGAUUCAUAAUUAUCGACGCCGAGGCCACACAUGCAGGUAUAUUUUAUCUCAGAAAUUAAGAAAACUAAAAGUUAUUCAUCCUUGACAGUCUGACGGGGAAUAUACGCAAUCCAAAACUAUCUCCGCAUCAUCGCUGAAUCGCUCCGUGGUUUCAGCCGAAAAAUGUAUGUUUUUGCACGCCUUAAUCAGCUGCUUUAUUGCGGGCGACAAGGGGAGCCCGCAAUCCUAGUCUCCAUGUUGCUAUUACGCAUGCACGGCACGUAUGUAGCGAGCUUCGUUUGGACUUCCACUGAGAAUUAAUGAAAUGCACACUGAUCACAGGCGUUCGGACCUUCUAUCACUCGUGUUUUGACCAUCUAUCACGUGGAACUUAAGCAAAGUAAAGCGAUGGAGCAAGAGCGGUUUGCCCGUCUGUCGUUGUCGCCCGCACUCCGUAACAUUCGGUUAUCACUAGUUUUACAAUGUAAUGGCAUUUCACUACUUUUUCAACAGUUCUCAUUUGGUAUGUUCUGUUUCUACAUUUUUAGGGAGCACGUUAAAAAAUUCGUUCAUAAUAAUACAUUACAGCAGAUUCAAACAAACGGUUGGCUUGUAUACCCUCCAAGCGCCAUCGCAGAACCUCAAGGUAACUUGAAUAUCAGACAUAACGAAAACCGUAUUAUAACUUAAUCAUUUCAUGCCUGUUAGAAAAGAAAAACGAAAAACAACGACGACCUCAGCAGAACUGGAUCGUACCAUUAGCGGUGUUAUAACUGAGCAAUUUUAAUGGGGUACCACUAGUAGACUUGAACGGACGAAUGGAGACUUUCCACUGAACUAGUUAGCGCGGGAAAAAAAUGCAGGAAAACGCGUGUAAGCUAUAGAGGUACUUUCAAGCGAUCGGUUCAUAAAGUGGCGCGAAAUUUAAAGCCAAUCACACUGCGCUAAAUAUUUAUUUUUUACCAACACGAAACAGUAACAUCAACUUAGUGCAAGCGUUAUUGGACGUAUAAACAAAUACUUAUCCGCUAAUUGAGACAAAUGCAAACGUUUAUGGGCGUGUCUUUCCCUUCUAUUUGAAAAGUAACUGCAAAGCUAGAAUUGCAAGAGGAAUAAUUGAAUAUACGAAGUCGACAAGGUACUAGAAAGUGGACGUUUAACGUAGGCUGACUGCGGCUCACUAACCACCAUGAAACCUAGCGUUAUUUUCUUGGAAAAGAUGCUAACUAAUAAAAUGGGAUAGAUAUACCAUUGAUGGCGUCAAGCUUAGUUUCUUUUUGAAAACUAAUGCUUGUUAAAAAAAACGUGGUUUCAUUCACAGGAAACUUGGACAAGCACGCUUAAAGCGGCCCAGAGCAGAUGGUCAGAGGCAGUAGCUCUUGAACUGGCGGCGGAAACUGAAAAGAUGAGCGCUUUUCAAAAUAUUACUGAGGGAGAAACGGAACAAGAGACGGAUCUCACAUCUCCACACGAAGUAAUGAGCCCAACACAAAUGCUGUCGUACUACAAACCAAUUGGAACACAGUGCUGAGCCAGUAUGGUCUCCGAGCCUUGGGUCACGUGGAAACGUAAUUAACUGAGGACAGAACUUGUUUCGGGUCACGUGCCUGUAUCACCAUGCAACCGACGACAACGUCACGGGGCAAGCUCAAAUGUUGUUCCAUAACAAGUCUAUUGAAACACAGCGUUGAGAGUGUACUGUCUGAACCUGAAAGAAUCUGAUGUCAGAAAUGAUUCCUGAGUUUAAAAAUGAGAUAAUCAAUCAAGGUUAUAUUCAACUUGAUUCUCCGUGUUGACGAAAUUUUUAGGGGAUCUUACAGAAAACAGUCCAGAAUGCCUUGAGGUUCACAGAGGUUUUAGGGCCUUUACCUUUCAAUGAAACAGAGGUCGAAUAUCAAGACAACAACAACUACUGUCGUUUCAUUGCUUGUAUAAAUGGACAACACGUAACAGAACUGUAACGCUUAAACUGUAGCUGAUGUGGAACAAGCUGUCACACUCGGGCUGAUUAUAAACAUUAUUACCAAACUGAACGCAAAAUUGCGUUUGCAGGCGAUUGUUCCUUCGCUAUUGAAUCCUGUAUAUAUGUGAGAUAAUUAGUUGAAAAGAGUGCUUCAUCUUAAAUGCGACCA